UUCUCCAUCCUGACGGAGGCCCCCGCCUUCCAGUUCCAGGCCGCGCUGCUGUCGCGCGUCCCUGUGUCCCUGGUGAUGAACUUCAGCGCCUUCCUGAUGGCGGUGCGCAUUGGGAGCUACGCGCUGCUGCCGAUGGCCCCCACGCCCUGGGCUGUGCUGCCGGUGGAGUUGCUGCAUG